CACCGAUUCCAAAUACUUCAAAUAUACAACACUUCUUCUCUCAGUUCAAACUUUUUCUCCGUUUUUCAAAUCUCUCAAGUUUCUUCCAUCAAAAUCAAUGGCUGGUAGAGGCAAAACCAUAGGAUCUGGUGCCGCUAAGAAAGCCACUUCAAGGAGUAGCAAAGCUGGCCUUCAAUUUCCCGUUGGCCGUAUCGCUCGGUUCCUUAAGGCCGGAAAAUACGCUGAACGUGUUGGUGCCGGUGCUCCGGUUUACCUCGCUGCCGUCCUUGAAUAUCUUGCUGCUGAGGUUUUGGAGUUGGCUGGGAAUGCUGCAAGGGACAACAAGAAAACAAGAAUUGUGCCAAGACAUAUUCAAUUGGCUGUAAGGAAUGACGAAGAAUUGAGCAAGCUUCUUGGUGAUGUUACAAUUGCUAAUGGUGGUGUUAUGCCUAAUAUUCACAACUUGUUGCUUCCAAAGAAGACUGGUGCUUCUUCAAAGGGUGCUGCUGCUGAAGAUGAUUCUUAGAUGAAGUUUAGGUUUUGAGGAAUCGUUGUCUAAUUAAGUUGAUUAAUUGUAUCUGGUUUUUCGAAAAAACUGGUUUUGAUCUUUGUAGUUCUAGUUAGGGUUUUAGUUAAUUAUGAUGUGGAUAUAUUUAUCUAAUGCUUGUUCCUUUUGACUGAGAUUAUUAGAAGUUUAUAAAUUUGGUUCA